GGCCACCUUCCACACUUUGCUAUUGCCACUACAGUCUACAGUCUCUAGUCUAGACUCUGCUGCUGCAGCUACACGCUUUGCUCCCCUUCCUCCCUCUCCCUCCUACAGCAAUCAAACCACCGCCAGCUGAGCUCCACUCCCCUCCUCCCUCCUCGAACUCCUCCGGUUCAUGUCCAGCUGCCUCCCAUGUCGCCGCCUGUCGAGCUCGACUACAUAGGCCUCUCGGCCGCCGCCGGCGGCCGCGCGGACGACGACCUGAAGGGCACCGAGCUCCGCCUCGGCCUCCCCGGCUGCGAGUCGCCGGAGCGCCGCCCGGCCGCCGCCGCAACUACCCUGGAGCUUCUGCCCGCCAAGGGCGCCAAGCGCGUGUUCGCUGACGAGGUCGCGCCCCCUGCCGCCGCAGGGAAGGGCAAGGAGAAGGCCGGGGACGAGAAGGACAAGAAGCACGCCGCGCCGCCGCAGCCGGCUGCGAAGGCUCAGGUGGUGGGAUGGCCACCAAUCCGCAGCUACCGCAAGAACACGAUGGCAACCACCAACAACCAGCUGAAGAACAGCAAGGAGGAUUCUGACGCGAAGCAGGAGCAGGGGUUUCUGUAUGUCAAGGUCAGCAUGGAUGGUGCGCCCUACCUGAGGAAGAUCGACCUCAAGACAUACGAGAACUACAAGGACCUGUCUUUGGGGCUUGAGAAAAUGUUCAUUGGCUUCAGCACCGGGAAGGAUAGUGUGUCCGAGAACAGAAAGGAUGGUGAAUAUGUGUUGACUUACGAAGACAAGGAUGGAGACUGGAUGCUGGUUGGUGAUGUUCCAUGGGAGAUGUUUACUGAAUCUUGCCGAAGGCUCAGGGUCAUGAAAGGUUCAGAUGCAGUUGGACUUGCUCCAAGAGCAGGGGAUAAGUCCAAGAAUAAGAACUGAACCAGUUGCUGCCCACAGUCCAAUGUUAAAAAGAAUAUCAACUGACUGUGGGGCAAGUUAUCAGAACCAAGACGGCUAACAGUUUCAGAACGAGAUUGCAUAUAUCGUCUGUACUCCCAAGACUACUUGUGUUAUUAGAUUUGUGAUAUCCCCUUGAGACUUAAGCUCCAUUGUGUUAUGCCAUCGACGUUAUUGUAUGCGUAUUAUUUACAUCCACGUAUAUGGUUGGUAUGCAGUUCGCUGCGCUACAUACUGCUAUUAUUGAGGUCUCCUACAUAUUUUGCCAGUGUUAUCCUAAACCGAUUGUUCGCCUCGUAAAUGUUUAUUGACUAUUGCAAAUCUAUUAUGUAUCCGAUUUGUUACAGAGCAAGUUA